CCGACUCGGCAGGGCUGUGGCACUGCAAAACUUCAAAGGCAUUCUUGAUCAUCAACGUCCAACGUCCUUUGCUCAACACGUUUCCCUUUCUUACUGCUGUUAAAAUAACUUCCUUGGUCAUAUUACAUCAAUGUUGUAAAGUUUCAAGUGUCCUGUGUAUGUUAAGAAGUAUGAAAAACUCCUAAGAUUAACAAUUCUGAAAAGUUACCUGCAAGGUUCAAGUUCUCCAUGAAUUUUAUACAUUGACCGGAAAAUAUCAAUCACGCUUUCAUUUAAAAAAUCUCUGCAUUAGAUAGUUGUGUUGAGCAUAAAUGGGAUUUUUUGGUGGUAAUAUUUUUACCACUAAUUUUUUGGCCAGUUGACAGCGAGUUUGGUGCGUGUAUCUUGCAUACGAAGUCCUCCAUUCUCAUGGACAUGUAUAAAUUAUUAUUUUGACGUCAAUCAGCCUCCUGCGGUUUUCAUUCUUCUUGAGAGCAAAUACAUUGCGACGUUUUUCUUCUCACGUGGGACGGUGAAAUCAAGUGUCUACCUGGGUGAGAAAAAAUUAAAGAUGAACGUAAGCGGCAUGCCAGACAACGUGCGCCGCAAUGUGCGGUUUGCAGCGGCUGCGGCGGCCGCUGCUAACAGUGCCAGCAGCUCCAGCGGCCCGAGUCUUUCAUCGUUCGCGUCUCCUUCGCUCACGGGGCCGUUGAACGCCACCUCGGCUCGCCUUAUGAUGCCUCCUAGGGGCACGAAGCGGCCGUUGUCGGUGGUGCAGGACGGCAUUAGUGGUACUGCCCAGGAUAUUUGCUCUGAUUUCCUGUGCCCAAUUUGCCUGGAGCUCAUGAAAGAAGCGCACAUUAUCAGCUGCGGCCACACCUUCUGCCGGGUUUGUCUCGAGAAAAGUAUAGACAACAACAAGAGGUGUCCAAAGUGCAAUUACUCUGUGUUUAGCACCGAGAAUAUCUUCCCUAACCACCUCGUUAACCAGCAAGUGCUCAAGUACAAAGAAUCGCUCGAACUCAACGAAACAAUGAGCAGGAAAAGCAGAAAGUCUCUUCUCACGGAGCUGGAAGCUUACAUCGGUCAAAGCUCUGGCUUCAUGCGAGUGUCGGACCUGAGCUCGUUGAUAGCUGUGCUACAGGAGAAAAAGAAUCAACUUAUUGCUGACUCGGACGAAAUAAAAUACAAGUUGCUUGACACUUUCCUCGCCGAACUCAGAAGAAGAAAGGAACUCCAACUUGCUACUAUCAACAAUGAACUCGCUAUCGUUAAUCAAGACUUGGAUGCCAUCAGAAGCUCUUUGAAGAGGAACGCGUGCCACAACGUUAAGGUUGAAAAUGAGAACCCCGAGGCUGAUAUUAGCGUCCCGAGCGCCGUCAGCGAGGCUGACGUGGACACAGAGCAGCGUUCUUCUGCGUGCACUGACGUGGAGGAACCUGACUUCCAGUUCAUCGAGGGGUUCAACGUUCCUGUGAACAGUGAACUACCUGCGAGUAGCACCUCGUUCGAAGCCAAGAAGAAAAAGGUCCACUUGAAUUUUGAAGAGCUCACUGAGAGUUAUUUUACGUAUAGAAUUCCCGUGCUAUCGGACCCCUCGACCUCAAAUCACAUCAAGUCCACGGACCUCCAUGAGAACCUAAACAAGUUCGGUGACUGCGUGAGCAAAUUUUCUAAAUUCAGUUGCCUUAGAACCCUCGCCACCAUUGACUACGCCGGGGACAAAUUCCCCGCCUCCAGCAACAUCGCCUCGAGCAUCGAGUUCGACAAGGACGGAGAGUUUUUCGCAGUUGCAGGCCUCACGAAAAAGAUCCGCGUGUUUGAUUACAGAAAUGUCAUUGGCGACGUCGUCGACAUACACUACCCUUGCUCCGAGAUGGUGUGCGACUCAAAAAUCAGUUGCGUUAGUUGGAGCUCUUACCUGAAAAAUAAGCUCGCUAGUAGUGACUACGACGGGGACGUCACCAUUUGGGAUGCCUUCACCACCCAGAAACAACAUGUGUACAAAGAGCACCAGAAGCGCUGCUGGAGCGUUGACUUCAAUAAAAUGGACACUAAACUCAUGGCGUCCGGUAGCGACGAUGCUUGCGUCAAGCUGUGGCACCUGGACAGCGAGCGAUCCCUUACGAGUCUCGAAGCCAAAGCUAACGUUUGUUGCGUGCAAUUCAAUCCCGAGAGUCGUUAUCAUCUUGCCUUUGGUUCGGCAGACCACUGCGUCCACUACUACGACCUACGCAAGAUGAAAGAGCCUCUGAGACUCUUCAAGGGACACAAAAAGGCCGUGUCUUACGUAAAAUUUAUCUCGAGUAAUGAGAUCGUCUCAGCCUCGACCGAUUCCCAACUCAAAGUUUGGAACGUCGAUAAGCCGAACUGCGUUCAAUCUUUACAAGGUCAUAUAAAUGAUAAGAAUUUCGUCGGACUUGCCACAGACGGCGAGUACGUUGCUUGUGGAUCAGAGAAUAAUUCACUUUACGUCUACUACAAAGAUCUGCCGAAGAAAAUGAUUUCCUUCCGUUUCGACCAACGUCGUUUUGUAGUCGACCCUGAAGCGCGCGAAGAAGAUUCAACCGAUUUCGUGUCGGCUGUGUGCUGGAGGAAAGGUUCUAACGUCUUGGUUGCAGGCAACAGUCAGGGGAUCAUAAAAGUUCUGCAAAUGGUCUAAAGUUUGUCUGAUGUGAGAAAGAAAAAAACUUAACGAGUCUUCGAAUACUCCCGGACUUUCCUGCAAUAUUUUUUGCUUUUUUUUGCUUGACUAGAAGUGUGAAAGUGUUUCAACGGAGAAUUGUUCAACUUGAGGGCUCUAAUUUUGAUUUAGAGCCCAUUACGAAUGUCUUUAAGAGACGUUGUAGAAUCUUAUGUUUUCACUGACUGAAGGAGACUAUUGUUUGUUAUCAAAUAAAAUGGAUUUUAAUGAACAGUCAACAGCUUUGAUGCGCUUCCUGGAAAUAAUUUCUCUGAAAGAGCAGAACCUUGAUGGGUUAUGCAGCGUGCAUUAUCACUUGUACGCUUUAAACGUUGAAAUAUUUUCUGCAAGAAAUGUUUUGUGAGUUUAUUGUUCGCUGAAUACCUUUUGAUGUUUUAUAUGAUAGGAAAUGAAGAUAUGGGAACCUGGUGAGCUUCUUUGCGGCUCAAAGAGAUAAGCUGUACUGACAUUUUAAGUGCCUUCUACUUCCUCCCCACGCCCUCCGAUGCUUUGUUUACAUCUUUGUAAUGUAUUUCACGCCCUAUUGUUUUGUUUUCCUUUGUUUAUUAUACCUUGAUUUUUGAUAUAUUUAUAGUCGUAGAUGCGGAAGUUAUUUUAUUUUCGGACCUCUAGCUUUCAGUUGUAUAAGAUACCUAACUUGUAUUUUCUUAACUGCUUCAACGCAACAUUUGCUUUCUUUCGUUUUAAUUUGGUGGCUAAAUAACUAAGUGUUACUAUCAUUCCUAGAUGUUUAUGAUAUCUCUAGACUUAUAAAAUAUACCUAACUCAAUGUGCCGAGUAAUUAACAUUUUUCCUUUAAUUGUAGGAUAUGUCGUUCUUUUUUUUGUAAACGCGUCUUAGUUCGUUCCUUGGAGUAUCACCAGAAAUUUAUCACUGGCUGACCAACAUUUUUUUUCGCUCGGCAUCCAGGAGCCUUCCAAAGAUCAUAUCCCAACUCACAGUGUCGCUAACUAACCUGCAAUGACUAUCUAAUGUCAAUAUUCUUGACACUAAUUAAAAAAUAGCCGUAAACUUUUUAUUCAACGGAAGCCACCUUCUGCGAUAUUGAUACUGCGAAUCUACACAACACUCUCGAUUUCUUUUGAUUUGCCACAAAAUGUCUUUCGAAUAGGAAUUUAGUUGCUUACGACCGGUGGUCUAAUUCCUGUUUUGUGGUACUUCCAUCUUCAUUGUCAUCCACGGGAAAUUUUCUAAUCGACAUAACUGGUUUCUUUGUUCCUCGGUUAAAUAAUGCGACUCGUGCUGGCACGACUCUUGUAUUAUUUUCUUAAUAUGUUCUUUUGUAUGAACCCUUGAUCAUUGAUCAUUAUAAACAUUUUGUAUGAACCCUUGAUCAUUAUUAACACAACUGUAUUAUCAAUGUAUAAUGUGUAUAUUGCCGUCACUCGCUUACUUCUGUCGAAGUGUAUGCAUUAGACUUGAAUUCACGCAACCUCUGAAAUGUCUGGUCGUACCUAGUUGUUUUAUGGAAACUUCAAGAAGUUCAUUUAUCUUCCUUAUCGAUGCAGAAAAAAUUGUACAUCCGCGUGCUCCGCUUUAUAGUUUACUUUUCGUUUCAUUUUUAAAUAAUUUCACGGUUUUUCGUCCUCAUUUUUUAUUUUAAUUGUGCAGAAGAACUAUUUUUUCAUUGCCAUUUGCCAGAAGUGCGACAUUUCAUGUUGAAGCGUCAAAUUUUCACUUAUCAGAGUCAUUUCAGCUCUGUUGUUCUGUAGACGGGCUGUAGACUAUUUGUGACAAGUAAUAAUAUAGUUUACAUGAAAGAAAAGACCGUCGAUAUGUAUUAUUCUGAAUAAGUUCUUUGUCGUGAUCGAUUUAUAAUAUCUGAAUUUUUGUUAACGCAUUUCGAAGCAUUUCUCAUAACCUCAUAGGUUUAUAAUUAAAGGCUUCCGCUAUAACACCAAUUAGUUUUCUGAACUAAUUUGUUAUAUAAUCGUAUGAUUAGGUAUAUUAUUAUUUUCCUAACCUCUAAUUGGUAUCAGAAUUUUCCAUACGAUCAAGGUCAGCCCCAUGAAUUUUCGUUUGCGUUAGCUCAAUUUUAAAGUAGAAUACAAAAUUCAAGCGAGAAACGUGGCAAAAUUUAAUUUUUUCGUCGACAAUACAAAUCGACGUUUGAUUAGUCUUAGUUGAUCGCGAUUGAGCCUAUUUCUUAUGUUUUUAAUCUUGACAAGUACGAGUAGUCUGCGAGAGGUUGGAGUAUUCCGGGUAGAAUGUUUAGUUUUGAAGUUUUCAUUGUUCGCUAGAAUCAUGGAUUUGUAAUUGUUUUUAAGUUUGUAACGGAGUAAAUGUUCAGUAACGUU